AUGAUGUUGAAGCGGCGAAUCCAGGACCUGACCGUUUGUUUCACUUACAACUUUUCCUGUCUUCAUCCGCAGCGUGAGUUUUUUGUUUUUUGGUCGAUUUUGCAUUGGAGGUUUUGGAAUUUAAAAAAAAAAGAAAUUAAAAAAAUUUUUUUUUUGUAUAAAGGGACUAUACCAUAAAGAUUAUUUAUAGUUACGUUUUGACUCAUUUAAUGUAAUAAGAAAGCCAGAUUAAAAAAAUUUUUAAAAAUUUCAAAAAACUUCAAAAAUUAAAAAAAUUUUUUUUUGCGAAUAGGUCCUAAAAUACCUUUGAAAUCAUUUUUGGUUACUCUUUGACUCAUUUCAGAGCAUGGAAACAAGGAAUUCAGGACGAAAUACGAAUUAUGCGAAGAGAUUCAGAGAGGCGGCUUUGGUAUUGUAUAUAAGGCAUAUCGGGUCAGAGACCGACUACCGGUCGCUGUAAAAUAUGUGGAACAUAAACAUGUUAGGGAUUGGACUAUGGUGAGUUGUUUAUCUUUUUUUUUGUUUUUUUAUUUUUUUUUGAAAAAUUUUUAUUUUUAAAAAUUUAAUUUUUGCAAAAACUUUGUUUACAAAUUUUUUUUUAUUUUUUAAAUUUAAACCACAUAAAGUCAAGAAAAAUGGUCUUUUACCUUAUCUUAGUCAUUUUUAGGCUUAUUAUGUUUAAAAAUAUAUUUUAAUUUGCACGGUGCAGAGCAUUUUUUGGAUUGCACGGUGCAGUUAUUUUUUAAAAAUUUAUUGUGCCAUUCUUUUUGAUGCUAUCAAAUUGAAAAUAGUUUUAAUAGCUUUUUAUUUGUCUAGACUCAAACACAGAACUAUAUUUGUUACCUAAAAUACGCUAAAGAUUUAACAGUGAUAAAAAUAAAAUUUGGUGCACAGUGCAUUAAACGAAAAGUUUUGCACGGUGCAGAUUCUUUUGCCAUUUUUAUAUAAUACUAACUUAAAAAAAGCUUUGUAGCUUCUAAAAGUGAUAAACAAUAACAAUUUACAGUAUUUGUUACCUAAAAAUGUGAUUUUCAGUGCGAAAACCAGCUGAUUCCAACCGAAAUCUGUCACUUGGACAUGUGUGGUCGGAUCAGUGGUGUCGUGGACUUGGUCGAUUGGUUUGCAAGGUAAAUAACAUGAUUUAUCAUUGUUUAAGAGUACAACGGAUGUUGAAUUUGCAGAGGAAAUUUAUGUGUUUUAUUCAAACUGGCAGAUUUAAAAGUAAAAGUUGGGUGGAAGAUUUGUAAUGUAGUUUGCACUGAAAAUCUUCCACCGAACUUGUACCUUUAAAAAUGGUCAAAAAUGCGUUUUUAAGUCAUUUUAUGAUAUUUUAAAAAUGGAAGUUAAGUGGAAGAUUUUUAGUGCAAAUUUCAUUACAAAUAUUCCACUCAACUUCCACUUUUUUAAAGUCUCAAGAAUGGUUCUUAUGAUACUUAAAAUGCCAAAAUAGGGUCAAAAAUCUAAUUUUUAAUCUAUUCAUACCUAAUUUCAUACCUAAAAUACUUUGUUACAGUAGCAAAGGCUUUAUGAUAAUAAUGGAACGGCCUGAACAUUGCCUUGAUCUGUUCGACGUUCUGCACGUUUAUGGCCGUUUGGACGAAGAGAUCGCGAAAUGGAUUUUCGUGCAAGUAGUUGAUGCUGUGCUACAGAUGCGGAAUGAGCAUGACCUGGUUCAUCGGGAUAUUAAGGAUGAAAACGUUAUCAUCAACAUGGAUACGGGAGAGGUGAAGCUGGUCGACUUCGGAGCGGCUGAUUUCUUGAAUUCGGCCGAAAAGAAGGAAUUUCAGGUAAGAGUGAGAAAAAUGGCAAGAACUUUCUUUACAGCUCAAAAACUUGCAAAAACUUUCUUUACAAAACAAAAAAUCGCAAGAACUUUCUUUACAAAACAAAAUAUAUGACUUCUCGUAUAACAUGUCACUCGCAGGCUGCGAAUCUUCAAAGCUCAACAUUAUGCAACUAAAAUGGCAAGAACUUCCUUUACGGGCCAUAAAAAAAUCAAUUUUUUAAAAAAUUAAAUGUUUCAGGGUACCAGGUCGUACUGUCCGCCCGAAUGGUUCAAACACAAGCAUUAUUUGCCAUUAGAGGCCACUGUGUGGUCGUUAGGAGUCUUAUUGUACAUACUUGUCACGGGUCAGAUUCCCUUCAAAAACGAGAUUCAGACGUGUUUGGGAAGGCUACAGUUUCCGGAAUAUGUUUCUGAAAGUGAGUUUUUUUAAAUUUUUUUUUUAUUUAUUACUGUAGCUUUGGAUAGGUUAUUGUAUUAUAUUUAGUAGGGUGGGGUUAUGGUAGGCUUGGGUAGGGUGUUGUACCUGGUAGGGUAGGAAAAAUAGGGGGCAGAUUGUUAUAAGAAGGAUACUGUAUUUUUGAAUGGAUACUGUAGGUAAGAAGUACUGUAGCUAUGGGUGGAAUAUUGUAUGUGGUAGGACAGGGUUAUUUUAGAAUUGGGUACGGCAAUGUACUUGGUAGGGUAUGAUAAAACAAGAGGAGGGAUUGUUAAAAUGUAGGGUACCGUAAUUGCUGUUGGGUACUGUAUUUUUGAAUGGGUAUUUUCUAAAGCAGGAUAGGAUAAAAUAGGGGAGGGAUCAAAAAUGACUGUAUUUUUUGAAUGGGUACUGUACGAAAGCAGUACUGUAGUUUGGGUAAGGUACAGUAUCGGGCAGAGUAGGGUUGUGGUACGAUAAAAGAGGAGAGAGAUUGGGAAAAGAAGGGCACUGUAUUUUUAAGGGUACUGUAGGGUGGGAUUUAGUUAGUAGGGAAACAGGUAGGGUAUUGUAGUGCUGAGUAGGGUGGGGUAGGGUAGAGUAGGGUAGGGUAGGGUAGGGUAGGGCAGGAUAUGGCAUGGUAGGGUAGGGUAAAGUAGGGUAAGGUAGGGUAGGGUAAGGUAGGGUAAGUUAGCGUAAGUUAGAGUAUUAUAGAGUACGGUAGGUUACUGUAAAGAAUUUUAAAGCCUUAAAAACCUAAAAUAAGCUUUAAUUUUCAGGUUGUUCAAAGUUAAUUCGAAAGUGUCUUAACGUAACACCCAAGCGGCGUUUCACAUUGACCGAGCUUCGUAACCACGAAUGGAUGUCUGGUGCUGCUCUCAACUAUGCUGGUACUUUUCAUCAGCUUUUGAAGCGACGUUCGAUUAAAAAAGGCACUUGGAAGAAGCGACGAAACUCGGUAGCCUGCUACGAUGAUUCUUCCGAUGAUUCUGAUUAUGAAUGUGGCCAUAGGAAGAGGUUUUCGAAUAAUGGUGAACCACAAAGGAGUAGGGCUCUAGUGGUACCGCCUGAAGCUAUUGAGCGAGCCAAAAUGAUUCAGGAACAAAGGGCUUCUGCGGUAAGAUUUUUUUUUGAAAUUUACCCUUACCUUACCCCUACAAUACCCUACCCUACCCUACUCUACCCUACCUAACCCUAACGUACCCUACCUUACCCUACCCUACCCUACUCUGUUUUACCCUACCUUACUCUACCCCUACCCCUACUUCUACCCCUACCCCUACUUCUACCCCUACCUUUCCCUACCUCACCCUUCUCCUACAACCGAUUUCCUACCUCCUUCUCUCUACCCCUACCACUUACUUUCUACCCCUUAUCCUCUACCCUUACCCUCUACCCCCAUCCAUACCCUAUACUCCCUAAUGUACUAACAUGACUUCACGAUAGAAUUACCGUAACCUAACAAACCUUAGCUUUUAUCCUUUUUGUAACUUAAUUCUAAGCCCUAUCUUUUAGUCUUGAUAUCUUUCUACCCAAGCCCUAUCCUUACAUAAAACCCGCCUAAGGAGAGUUCCCCUCCCCCCAAGCCCUACCCUUAUCUAAACAUCACCAUUUUCAGAGCCCCAACCUCUGCCGAACCCCCGCCUCCUCUCGUCCACCCACCGUUCUCCACACCCGUCUAGAAGACUUUGAUCAACCAGACGUGGACCAAUUCGAAACAGCUCGCGAGGAACCCGAAGUCUUUCACACUGCCAGAACAAAUGAGCUUAUUCAAGAGAUUGACAAGUUAUUUAAAGACGAUGAGUUUAGGCCUAAAAAGAAGACCUCGAAUUAUCGACCGUCGUUACAAGAGAUCAAGGACCGCUACAAGCGGUUGCAUCAAACACAAUCGACCGACAGUUUUAUGGACGUUUUCAAGUCGGUUUCCAGCGAUUUUCAGUCGAUUCACAGCUCUUCGGUCACGAGCUCUAGGUUACGGUGGGUUUUUUAAAAAUAUUGUUACUAGGAUUUAAAAUGGCAAGAACUUUCUUUACAAAGCAUAGAAUGGCAAAAACUUUCUUUACAAAACAAAAAAAUGGAAAGAACUUUCUUUACAAAACAAAAAUUGGCAAGAACUUUCUUUACAAAACGAAAAAUGGAAAGAAUUUUCUUUACAGAACAAAAAAUUGCAAAAACUUUCUUUCCAACAACUAAAAAUUCCAUUUUUAGCCAAACGUCAAUUUACGAAUCCGUAACUUCAUCACAACGUAACGCGGGUAGUAUCUUCGACGACUGCAGCUCCUUCUCCUCAGCCCUUUACUUUUCAACCUACGAAGACGAUGAUGAUGAUCAAUACACGAAGGAAAACGAAGAUCGACCACCACUUGAUCGGCUUGGUCAAUAUGAAAAGUCGUUAAGAUCGCUAAUGAUGGGCACGUCAUUCGAUGAUGCCUUGGAAACGCAUCGUGAUCAAAUUCCGGAGAUUCCAAUCGACAAUCUGUCGCUACAUGCCGAUUCAUUGUCAGAUGACACUGACACAGAACUGGUUGAUAGUGUGAUUAAAAAUGAGGACGAGGUUGAUGAGACGAAGUUACCACCCCCACAGCCAAAGAGAAGUUUGCAACAUCAGAGGAAGGUGCCGAGGGUUCAGAAGAUCUUCAGUGGAAUCAGAAGGGCUAGAAGUUUGAAGGUUCCGUUCAAGUAAGUAUGACAAUUUUUAAGUUAUGUAGCCACAAAAUGACGUUGGUGUUUUCUUUGAAGUUUUUUUAAAAGUAGGGCGAAGGUAAUUUUUUGACCGUUCUAUUAUUGUAUUAUGUGCCGACAUAAAGGACCCGCCAUACUUUGCCUGCAAUUUCCUGUAAAAAAUGGCGGGUUCUUUAUGUCGGCACCUAUUAUCAUAGAUUUUUACUGAAAAUGGCAAAUUUUAGGUACGAAUUGAGGUAUAAAACCCAAAAAAUAUGAAUUUUAUCCUAUUUUUGUAUUUUAGGUAUCAAAAGGGCAAUUUUUAAAAAUGGAAAUUGGUGGAAGAUUUGUAAUGUAUUUAGCACUGAAAAUCUUCCACAUAACUUCCACUUUUAAAAAGUGUCAAAAACGUGUUUUGAGACCAUUUUAAGACUUUUUUAAAAAUGGAAGUUUAGUGGAAGAUUUUCAGUGCAAAUUACAUUGAAAAUCUUUCACAUAACUUUCACUUCUAAAAAGUCUCAAAAACUUGUACAAAUAUGUAGCGAAACCUAACCGGAGGCAAAAAAUCAAUUUUUUUAUUCAAUCCAAUUUUAUCAGAUUCAUAAGAUUCUGAACUGAAUUACCUUGAUAAUCUUACAGAUCCGACAAAAAAUCAAAAGAAUCGACCGAACGUGAAAGCUCUCUAAACGCAGUUAAACGUUUAUGCUCAAAAAGUUAUGACACAUUGUUUGUCCUUUCGUCUGCCAUGUCUGGCAAGUCCGAAUCUCUACCCCGGUUACAAUAUUCUUCCAUACAACCUACAAACUUGAAAAAAGACAUGAGUAAAUCAAAGACAAGUGAUGAGAUUACCGGCAAGCAUUCUCCGUCAGUACGUCGAAGAAUCUCAUCGAUUCGACGGAGGUUCGGGUCAAAUAAGGCGAAAACGAGCGCUUUACAAACGGAGACGAUGCGCUUUCCAUUGGCCGUGUUUGAUGUUUGUUCUCAACAGUUACCCAUGCUGGAGGGGACUAAUGACAACUUUUAA